AUGGAACUGGCGGCUCAGCUGGAGCUCCGUUUCCGUCUUUACGGCUAUGUCGGCUUUCUGGUGAUUAUUUGCAAUGCGUUGGCGUUGAUGGUGUUUUUAUCAAAACAAGACUUCCGCCAGAGGUUUCAGCUUUACAUAUUUUUAUGCUUUUCGGAAAUGCUAAAUGGACUCAGUUACGUUGCUUGUGGCUUCGGACGCAAUGCCUUGCUUCGAGAUGGCGAGUUCUUUGACGAAAUCUCGACGUCCGAAUGUCUUUUCACGAAACCGUGGCCCUUGCUGUUGUUACUGGCAGGAGUUUUCCCCGCCUCGGCCAACGCCAUUCUCAGCCUCGAGCGAUUUUUCGCGGUUUAUUGCUGUCACUCGUACAGAUCUUGGAGGCACCAUAGACAGAUACUGCUGCUAGCUGCUUUUAUUUAUUCAAUGGUGUUUUCUGGAAUUGGAGUCUGGACGGGUGUGACCUUUCCGGAGACGAACCCGGAUAAAAUGUGCGCAUUAACGGAUAGCGUUGGUAUCGUUUACGGGACGAUACACUUUACGGUUUGCUCCCUGAUAUACUUUAGCAGUUUCGCUGUUGUCAUCUACGUAUCGCUUGCGGUUCGACGGUUUCGGAAAAUGAACAAGUACGAGCGCCGUAUGCAACGUACAACUUUGGGAAUCACGCUGACGUCGGUAAUUUUCGUGGCAAUCCCCAGCUGCGUGAUGGUGCUCGACGCGUGGCAAUUGCCGAAAUUUUCGGAGCUUGUUAUUGGCUUCGCUUAUUCUCUCUACGGGCUACAGUCGUGUCUUUGCCUGCCUAAAACGGAUUCCACUGCCACAUCCGACGUGACCGGGCCGCCGGGCAUCCCGUCGGUGGCCUUCCCGCCGUUCGACGGGCUCGAUUGGUGGCGCGGAUGGCUCGAGCCGAAUAAUGGGACCCAUCACGCAAAUACAACUAUCGACGUCUUGUGCUCCAACUGCUUCAGCAAGUACGACCGGUUAGCAUGCGCCAGAUCAGCGUUCGUCUCCGUGCUGGCGUUGAUCUCGGCGCUGGUAGCGGUGAAGCGGAUCGUCGACCUGCAGCGCCGGAAUCCCUCACCAAUCCGCCUGCUCAUCUUCUUCCUCAUCUUCAUUCAGUGCAUGGCCGGCUCUUUCGAAUGGCUACUCGGCUGGACGACGCAAAUGGCGCUGUUCAUCACAUAUGCCAAGGCGAUCGAGCUGCUCGUGAUCUGCUACUUCUACCUCGACCUCGUCUCCAAGAUGAUGCACUGGAGUUCGGUGGCCGGGAAGAGGCUCUGCUUCUCGUCGUUGAUUUUGUUGUUCACCUACUUCACGCUCUUCCUCGUGAUGGGCUUCUUGCUGUCGAUCGAGCCGUGGACGGAUUGCCAUGCGCCGUAUUGGAUCUGGUUCUCAUGUGGCGAGUUCGUGACCGUGCAGCUGAUGGUCUUUUCAUUUUUGCUGAUCGUCAACCGGAUGAACCGGAUAUCCGCGUCGCCCAAUAUUCACAGAAGGCAACGACGGCAGCUAUUGACGCUUUUCUGGGUGUUCGAAACUUCCUGUCUGGCCGAUCUCAGCUACCACAUCUCGCUGUUUAUGCUGGCCGACGACGAGAAGGGCUGCUCGGGCAUAUUUGAGCACGACCAACUGCGCUACACCCUCCUGAAACUCCCCUACGACGUCGUCUCGUUCUUGAUGCCCGUGUGGGCGCUCCUCUACUUCUUCCGACCACAGAAGAAGGACGGCCUCGAGGAGCAGGGCAGUGAAGAGUCUCUAAUUCCCGCCCUGACGAGUGCCGCCGAAGUGACGGUGGUGCGGAAUUGGCGUCGAAGGUACCGGCCGCUCGUCCAAGACAACUCGGCCUACGUUCCGGUGCCAGAGCUACGACGAGUGGUUGCACAACGGGGGCGUCGCGAUCAUAACGCGUCCACGGGAGUGCGGCGUGUUUCUUCGGCCCCGCAGAUGGCCGAACGGCAACGCCGGAUCUCCAUCUCGCAUUCCUACAUCUCGUCAACGCUGUACUCAAUUCCGGAAGAGAUCCAACAGUUGCAAGCCGCCCGCGAGCAAGAUGACUAUAUGGUAGCCGCGUCCUAUGAUAACUUAUCGAUGGCCCCGCAGCUCGAGGACCGCGAA